AUGAAAUUCUUCCCCAAGUGGGAUAAGAAGAAAAAGCAAAAGGAGAAAGACGCCGCGUCAGCUGAGGAACGAGCGAGGAGGAAUGGGAACGGGGAGGCAGGUUUGGAGAAUACGAUCAACGUGCGUCUUUCACUGGAGCGCCAUGGAGGGCUAGACAACUGCUGCAUAGCAGAAGUCACAGAGUUGCCCUUGAGUGAUAUUAUCUCUCUGAGCCGUGACUUCCGUGAACUCCUUUGCGAGUUUCCCGAUUUUACAUCCAAGAAGCAAUUCGUUACCUCACUGAAGUCCAUCGCCUCGGAGAUGAUACAGAAAGAGUUUGCGGUUAACACCGUCGACCCCGCGAUUGGACAGCUGGCGUUUGUACAACGAUUGCUGAAGGAACCCCCGCCGGUACGGACACGGUUGGCACUCGCCGUUCUACGUUUCUGUGGCGUUGUGGAGUUGGAGCUGGAGAAUGAAGAGAUAAUGCGGGGUACGGGAUUCUUAGAGGCCCUCCGGGGUGGAGGGGCCGCCAAUGAGGCUCAACCACCCCAAGCAAGUGGCAGUUCGAUGCUGUUAAAGCCGGUUUCCCCCGCUGCCGACUUUAGUGUGGCGAAAAUAUAUCAUCAGCUGAUCACUGUGAAUGAGUUGCCUUCCCUGGAGGAGAUGGGAGAGCUCAUCUCCCGUACCACGAAGCUGCUUAGGGAGGAAAGCAACAUAGUGACGCUGUCUAUACCAUGCAUCGUAGUUGGUGACAUACAUGGGCAGUGGCGGGACCUGGUGGAUAGUAUUAUUGCUGCUGGAGGUCCAUUGGACGUGGACAAGCACACAGCCACACAUCCAGAGGAGGAAGACGUGGAGGUGGUUGGAAGGCGGAAUUACUUGUUCCUUGGUGAUUAUGUGGAUCGUGGCCCACAUAGUUUGCACUGCCUGACGCUUCUCUUUGCUUCCAAACUGUUGGCUCCGGACCGCGUCUUUCUGCUACGCGGCAACCACGAAAGCAGUGAGACCAAUAGCAAAUACGGGUUUCUGCAAGAGUGUUUUGAGCAUUACCCGCUCUCCUCCGGGGACAAUGAAAGUGACAGGGAGUCAGUCGACCUCGAGUGGGGCCUACCAGAGCAUCCUAUCUGGGUCUUGGCAAAUGAGGCCUUUCUUAGUUUGCCGCUCUGUGCCGUCGUGACAGGCCCUAACCCAACCCCGGAUAAGGCAAAGAAUCCUUUGUCUACCAGUUGCCGAGAACGAGUAGCAAUCUGCGCCAUGCACGGGGGCCUCUCACCCUUCGUCUCAAACAGCUUGGAUGGCAUCUUGGCGAUUGACCGAUUCCGUGAAAUUGAAGAUGGCCCCCUUGCCGAUAUUACCUGGGCUGACCCAAUCACCGCGGAGCCUUCCGAGGGACCCAGUGAAGGUAACGGGAACUGCACUGAGGGGGCGGGGCGGCAGGCGCAGCGGUUAGUGCGGCACUGUGUGCCCUUCAACUACAAUGAUCCUGUGCCAGCGCCGAUUCCCUCUGUAACCAAGGGCUACGUCUUCAGUGCGCGUGGUCGCGGGCACAACUUUGGAGAAGACGUGACCCUGCAGUUCUUGAGUGAGAAUAGACUGAGCUUCCUUGUCCGAGCACAUCAGUGUGUUCAGGAAGGAUAUCAGUGGCAGCAUCAAAACCGUAUUCUGACUUUAUUUUCUGCCCCCAAUUAUUGUGGCUUGGGAAACAAGGGGGCCAUUCUUAUUCUGCACGCGAGUGGAGAACCAGAACUCGUUCAGUUUGAAGCACUUGAAUCCGAGGUCGCUCCAGGCGGUCUGCCAGCACCUCUGCCUCCGAAAUCGUUUUAG